AUGAACAGUAAGACUGGAAACUGCAUGGCAAAUGCAAUCGCCAACAAUCGCGCUCGAUUGGCCAUGAUCAAAACAAGAUUCCCCAUCGCCGUCCUCGCUAUGAGUGUCGCUCUGCAGAUGACGACUAUCAGUGCCUUCUCUGUGGUCCCAGCCGUUGUUGCGCUUCGAAUUCCUUUCGCCAUCUCAGGACCAGCUUUCUUGGGCGUAGAAAAGCCGAUUCAUGACUCUGGAGGUUUAUCCAACUCUGUAGAAGCGACGCUUGAUAGUAGUCUGGCGGAAUUCAACGCGAAUUGCCAAUUUUUUAUUGCGGAAGAACGUCGUGAUCAUUAUUACCCUUACCUCUCCAACUGUGGUAAGUGA